AUGUUCGGCAAUUGGAAGUUGGCGGCAACUUUUAGGCCUUUGGGGCGUCUGCGUUGGCUGAUGGAAGGAAGCUGGCCCGGCUACCUACGAGUUGCAUUGUCAGCUAAGCGAUCUGCAAUAGGACUACACUUGCAACUUUUUCAGGGAAGCGGACAGGGCAUCCAGGCAUCCCAGCCUGGCUGA